CUCUCUCUCUCUCGCUCUCUCUCUCUCUCCCCAGAGACACCGUAAAAGCCAUAUAUCGGAUCAUUUUGAUACUGGCUGCUAUUGAAAUAAAGACAUACUGAUAAGAGGAUUGUCUGUGAUGAGGAGCUGAGGUAACACCAAUGAUGAAUGAAGAACAGGUGAAUGUCAUCAUCCAGAGAUGGAGAGACACACCGGGAGAACAUUUAGAUCUGGAGGACUAUCAGAAGUUUAAAGAUUUUGGAUCCGCUUGUCUCACUCAGGGUGACUGUGAACAACUACUGACGUUUCUUCAGGAUGAGAAGAACCAGGGGCUCAUCAAGAUUAUGGGCUGUGUUCUCAUCGCACCUCUCAUAAAGGACGUUCUUAAAAAAGGGAAAAGUUUGGACCACUGCCAGGCUGCCAUCACACAUUUAAUCACGACGUGCAGCCCAAAUGAGCUCCUGCACAGCUUGCUUGAACUAAUUGAAGACAUCGCUCCAGGUGCCAUUUCUGAGACCAUCUUAGUCCUCAUCCCACAUCUUCAAACAGUGCUUCUUCAGCUGGAGGAGGGAAAGGCAGCAGGUGUGGGCUCGGCUCUCUCCGCCCUACAGAAGCAGCUGUCUCGGCUGCCGGUACCUUACACCCGGCAGCAGGAGGAAGCUGACCAGUACGGUGUGUGUCGCUGCUGCCAUGCCUUGGCUGCGUUUACAAAACCAUUCAUAGAGGAGGUGAAGAGGAAGAAUGGAAACUACAUCACAAACUCUGAGGAUGAAGAGCUGCGCACUGAGCUUCUUAAGUUCUGCAUGUGGAGCUUGAGAGAGCCUUUGCUUGAGGCCGAACUGAACCGGGACAGAAAGUCUGCGCUCUGGCUCUUUGCAGCAGAGAUCAUGGUCAUACUGCCUGCUAUCCACGAGUCUCUGUCAGAGCUCCUGUUCUUCAACUCUGUGAAGAAAAGCCCCCAGACGGACAGCAGUCAGUCGACGGAGUCUAGAGCUUGUCUGGCCUAUCUACUGUUUGUCCAGCUCAUCAGCAUCGACAGCUUUCCAGCAGUAUUCAGUCCCGUUUUUGUUCUUCAGUGCAACAUGGAAUACAUCAAUCAGCUACUCAGUAGCAAAAAGGAAUCACACUUGCUUAAAGGACUGGCUCUGUACGGAAAAAGUUUGGAGAGUGUGCAGGACAACAGCCUUACAGUGAGUCUACUGGAGCUGAGGAGCUUCAAUAGUGUCCCAAAGAACCUGCAGCGAGUUCUCAAGGAUUGUCCAAUUCAACACUUGAGAGAAUCAGGACUGAAGGUUUUCCAGCUCUUCAUCAAUAAAUUAGAUCAUGAAGCAAAGCACAAGUUUUUCAGGUGCAUGUUAAAAACCAGCAACCACGGAGGAGUAGAGAGUUAUAUCGUAAAAAACAUCAGGAGUCAAGUUGAAUGUUCUAUGCAGCCAGGUAACGCCAACAGAUGGUUUCUGGGAGAGGAGCUCCUCUCGUUGUUGAGACUGGUGUUCUGUUUGCCUCAAGGUGCUCAGACAGAUUUGUUGAAUAGUAUGGACAGGAUAAUGGAGACUUUGAAUCUUCUUCGCUAUCUCCUUAUCAGAGACAAAGAACUGAAGAGCACAGCAGAUGCGUGGGAAGAGCUGUACAGGAUCAAGGACGAAUACCUUAAAGUGCUGCGUGUGUGUAUCAGCAUAUCAAGAGGGUAUUAUUCUGCUGAACUGAAGGCGCUGAGGGAGGAUCAGAAGCUAAAGGCGAAAGAAGCGAGAGAUGCUGCCAGAUCGAGCGGAUUAGUCAAAAGAAUGACAGUGAAACAUGAGAAAGUAUCUAACAUGUCCCCAGAGGCCCAGCACCAGGUGUUGCAGAGUGCUUUGGUGACAUUCGACCUGAUGGAAAGUCUUAUAGUCCGGAUCGAAGAGAUCACAGAGGAAAAAGUCAAAACUCCAAGUCAAACCACUCUCUCAACCUCUUUUGAGCCUCUGUCUCCCUGUUCAGAAAACUGA